CACCAGUGUAAACAUAGCAGAUAGCAUUUACACGUUCUGGUAGUUUGAUAUUGAAAUAUCAGAAAUAACAGCUACGUCGCAGACAGAUUUCCAGUCUUUUCGAGGCGGUGCGCGCUCCCGCGUAUGGAAAUCCAUUCUGAGGAGACGGGCACGCGCCACCUGUCGGGAGAAAAAGCAGCGCGUCCCUCUGAGUGAUAUCUCUAUUUUUAACAAUUAACAGGAGUCCGUGGGACGUGGACGUGGGCAGCGUUAGGGGAGUGGUAGUGGUGAAUGGUGACACUGACGCUGGGGCCGAUGCUCCCUUUGAAUGGACGCCUGUAAUCUAUAACCUACCGCUCAGGUCGGAUGUGAAGUGACAGACGGUGUCUGUCUCUGGAACUUGGGUCAAAAUGGUUCGUUAGGAACGUUUUCGACGCCAUGGACGGAAGGACGUUGGUUUUUCUGAUCCUCUUAUUUUUACACAGCGCAGCAGCAGUGACUCACUCUCUGAAGUAUUUCUACACUGGAUCCUCCAACGUCCCAAACUUCCCAGAGUUUGUGGUCGUUGGUUUGGUUGAUGACGUUCCCAUCAUUCACUAUGACGGUGACACCAGGAAGUCAAAACCUAAACAGGACUGGAUGAGCCGUGUCACAGCAGAUGAUCCACAGUACUGGGAGAGACAGGACAGUGGUUUAUUGGGUUCCCAGCAGACCUUCAGAGCAAACAUUGAGACUGCAAAGCAACGCUUCAACCAAAAUGGAGGUGUCCAUGUUGUCCAGAUGAUGUACGGCUGUGAAUGGGAUGAUGACAGUGAUGCUGUCAGAGGUUUUCACCAACACGGUUACGAUGGAGAAGACUUUAUAGCAUUUUACCCUGAGACAGAGACAUGGAUCGCUCCAAUACGACAGGCUUUUAUCACUAAAAUGAAGUUUGAUCAUGACAAAGCCUUUUCAGCACAGAAGAAGAAAUACCUCACUGAGAUUUGUCCUCAGUGGCUGAAGAAGUAUGUGAAGUAUGGGAGGAGGACUCUAAUGAGAACAGUUCCUCCCUCAGUGUCUCUGCUCCAGAAGUCCCCCUCGUCUCCAAUCAGCUGCUUCGCUACAGGUUUCUACCCAAACAGAGCCGACAUGUUCUGGAGGAGAGAUGGAGAACAGACCCAUGAGGACGUGGACCAUGGAGAGAUCCUCCCCAACCCUGAUGGAACCUUCCAGAUGAGGGUCCACCUGGACCUUUUAUCAGUCACAGCUCAGGACUGGAGCAGAUAUGAAUGCGUGUUUAAACUGUCUGGAAUGAAGGACGACGUCAUCACCAAACUGGACCGAGCUGAGAUCAGAACCAACGACAAAAAUGAGACACCACUUGGCCUCAUCAUCGGCAUUGUUGUUGCAGCCAUUGUUGUUGCUCUUGUCCUUGCGCUGAUUGGAUACUUUGUUCACAAAAAGACAAGGGACGACAAGGUUCCUCUCAGACAAACGCCGUCUCACACGCACACAACAAUUGCAUCGUCCACCAACAGUCUGAACAGCAGAAGUUCAGUGGGUUCUUGCAGCUCUGGAGACAGUGAUAACAACCAGACACUUUUGAUCAAAGAAAAAUAUGAAGAUUUAAAGAAAAGGAAGACGUAAUAAUGUGCAAUGAAAAAUAAGCCUGGAUAAUGAUUUAAGAAAGGUAUAAAUUAGUUCUCACAGCUACAUGUCAGUGUCGCAAAGAUGACGGAGCCACAUGAACGGCUCCAGACAGGAUUCAGGUAGAAUGAAAGGGUUUUAUUCUCACUCAGGCAAGGUCAGUUGAGGCAGGGUCAGACACGGCAGAUCACUCACGGUGACGGUACAGACUGGGUGCAGGCAGGUUCAGGUCAAAAACAGGCGUUACCAGGCAGACACAGCUACAGUACAGAUGAGGAUCAGGCAAAGCUCAGGAGCGACGGUCAGGAUUCAGGAUCGAUAACAGGAAGGAGACAGACAACGCUGGGUAGUGGUGAGUACACGCAGCAAUCUGGCAACUGGUUCAGGUGACUACUGGUGCUUAAAUGCAGGUGAGUGCAGAUUACUGAUAGCAAACAGGUGUGUGUAACGUGGACCGGGAGUAAAGCGGAAACUAACAAGAUAUGACCAGAAACGGAAGUACUUUCAAAAUAAAACCGUAACAUAGUGUAAACCGUGACACUACGCAGUGACAACGCAAAGGAUUUUAUCUCUGGGAACUAAAUAAAUAAAAUAAUAGUUACUUGUGAUUUAUAAGUUAUCAGUACAAUGACAAUAAUUUAAUGAUCAUUAGAAUCAUGAUGGGUCAAUAGCUGUGAAUGGUGAACUGGGUUUUAAACUUAUCUCUCUCUUGGUUUUAGCAGGUGUGUGUUUGUUUUGUGCUUGUGUUUGUGCAUCUUUGGACAAACAGCUGAGGGUUUGUUCUCCCUAUAAUGGGUUCAAAAGGAGCCACGGUCUGUUUAACCACAGAUCGAAACCUUUUUUUUGUUUCUCUACUUAGUUGGGUAAGAUUUAUCAGUAGAUACUUAUUUGAUAUCACAAUUUUUAUUAGUUUGUUUUGUCGUUACUAUUGACAUUUAUUAGCAUUCAUGGCACCUUUUACUUGUGAAAUGUGUUUUAUUUCCAAAAGAUGCUGAGUUCAUUGUGUUUUAUCCAUAACUUGAAACAAGUCACUGAGUGGCUUGAUUGCAUCAGACAUCAUUAGAAACCUUAGUGCUGUGUAAUUUAAUGUAUUUUGAAUUCUGAAUCAAUAAACAAAAUUUGUGUUUUGCUUUUAGAGGGUUUCAGUUCCACACAGCGCUUUAAUAUGUAUAUGAUAAAAAAAUUUCUGCAAUAGAAGAGGCCUUAAGUUCUGCUCCUACAGUAUAAUUAUAUUGAGUUAAGAAUAUUUAAUGAGAUGAUAUUUAUUCUGGUGGUGUUUAAUCCAUGAAGACAUUUUGUUAUGACUCGGCUUCCACUCUUUUGGGUUUUGUUAAGCGCCCUCAGUUGACUUGGGAUUUCCUGUAAUUAGUUUGCUCUGGUUCGCCUGUCUCGUCUUGUAUUCAAGGUCUUAAUCAGAAUCAGAAAGAGCUUUAUUGCCAUGUCCUGUAGAGUGCACUUUACAGAACUAGGAACUUGUCUUGGUGUUGGCACACCCAGGCAGCCGUCUAUGGCGCCACAUCCCCGCUGACAGUGGAAGCAGGUUGCAGUACAAAAACACUACAAUACAGAAACACACGCACACACA